UUGAGUUUGAACAUCUGACAAUUCAUAUAGCAAGCAAAAUUAAGACUUUCUUCUGCUGAUCCAAAUCUUCAGAUAAGAUUAAGAUUCCAUUCAAAUCAACGCAAUCAUCUGUUGAUUUUCAACACAAUCAACUUAAACCUCCCUAAUGUCACAUAUAAAAGCAGGUGAUUUUGUUCCUAGCUCUCUCGUAUAAGUUUUUUUUCCUUUUUAGGCAAAAGCUCUCUUGUAUAAGUUGAACAAUGACUGGGAAUGCGGGAUCAUCCACGCAAGAAAACCACUUUGGACAACGGCUAAGGGUUAUGGCCGAGAAGAUUGUCAUAUUUUGCCGUUACUAUGUUUCACCUAUUGUUCUUCUUCCCUAUCGAACCCUCCAAUUCUUCUACCAAAUCAAAACCCAAGUUCCCAUUGAGCCAAAACACUCUUCUUCCUUCAUCACAGACUCCGAAAUCCAAUCCGAAUUUGCUCACCAUGCUCCUGGUGUUGCCAUGAUGAACAAUGGCAGCUUUGGUUGCUGCCCUGCUUCUGUCAUCUCUGCCUUGCAACAAUGGCAGCUCAAAAUGCUCCGCCAGCCAAGCCAUUUCCUUUUGAAUGAGCUCAAGAACAGGAUACUUGAAUCAAGAAACAUAAUUAAAGACCAUAUCAACGCAGAAGAUGUGGAUGAAGUCUCCAUUGUAGACAACAUCUCCACUGCUGCUGCCAUAGUCCUGCAGCAAACAGCAUGGGCCUUUGCUGAAGGGAAAUUCAACAAAGGGGAUGCUGUCAUUAUGUUUAGCUGCACUUAUGGUGCAGUGAAGAACUCAAUCGAGGCCUACUUUUCACGUGCUGGUGGGUCCGUUAUCGAAGUUCCAUUUAACUUUCCAUUGAAUUCCAAUGAAGAAAUCAUAAGCGAAUUUAGGAAAGCAUUGGAGAGAGAAAAGGGUAAUGGUAGGAGAGUGAGAUUGGCUGUGAUUGAUCAUGUUACAUGUGUGCCAACUGUUGUAAUGCCAGUUAAGCAAUUGGUUAAAAUCUGUAGGGACGAGGGUGUUGAACAAGUGUUCAUAGAUGCAGCUCAUGCUGUUGGGAGCGUAGAUGUUGAUAUGCAAGAAAUUGGGGCAGAUUUUUAUGCUAGUACUUUGUAUAAGUGGUUUUUCUGCCCACCUGUUGUUUCAUUUCUGUAUUGUAGGAAAUCAGCUACACAUUCAGAUUUGCAAUUGCAUCACCCUAUUGUGUCUCAUAGGUAUGGUAUGGGGUUGGCUGAAGAAAGUUUUUGGGUUGGGACAAGGGAUUAUAGUCCAUAUCUGGUGCUUCCUUCAGUUAUGGAGUUCGUUAACAGGUUCGAAGGCGGUCUUAAGGGAAUCAUAAAAAUGAAUCAUGAUGCUGUUGUUGAGAUGGGGAAGAUGUUGGCAGAAGCUUGGGGAACCAAUCUAGGUUGUCCUCCUGAUAUGUGCGCUAGCAUGAUCAUGGUAGGGUUACCGGCUUGUUUGGGGAUUUCAAGUGAUGAUGAUGCUAGGAAGUUACGGCCACAUUUAUGUGACAAAUUUGGUGUUGAAGUCAGAAUACAUUAUCAAGCUCCCAAAGAUGGAAAGGUUGGAUCAACGACGGGGUAUGUUCGAAUUUGUCAUCAGAUUUACAACAAAGUUGAUGACUAUUACAAGCUCAGAGAUGCAAUUAAUCAACUAGUUCGUGAUGGAUUCACUUGCGCUCUUGAGAUCAAUGAGGCCUGAAGUCCGUUCGAUGAAAAAAAGAAGCUAUAUGGUCCUAUAUCCUGCAUGCUUUGCUAGUUGUGCAAUGGAUUUUGUACCAUUAACUUCUGAAGUGCUCCUAAGCAAACAAGUAUAUAUAUAUAGAGAAGUUGAUGAAUUUUCGGUUUGAUAUGCAGAAAAGUUCAUCUAUGAAUACAUUAACAAUUAUCUGUCGGUUUGGUUGUGAUUCGCAGAGAUUAGGACUCGAUUGUGAACACAGCACCUCAUGCUAUCAGUUUGACAAUAAGUGAAACACAAUGUGUGCUUGAACAACCAACAAGACUUACCUAAAAGCACUUGCACUCCUUUGCAGUUUUAUAAUAAUCAAUUGUAGCCGAUGCAUUCCUUAAAAGCCCUUCAAUUAUUUACUCUUCAUCUUUCUAAUAAAGUGUGUUAAACUGUCUCUAUG